UUUAAACUUUUUCCCGCCGUAAGCGAAAGUAAUAUUUUAAACAGCGCUUAACAAUGCUAUCGACGGCAGAUUUAGAAAGGCUAAUUACGGUUAAACGUCGUGAGAUAGAGCAGGAGAAAACCGUUCUUGGUCUCUCGCCGCCUCCUAACGUUAAUGAUGUAUCGAACAAGCAGAACGUAUUGAAGUCUGAAAGAAAUGUGAGAGUUAGCCGACCGAGAGCUCUGUCCGAAAAUAAUGUACCUACAAACACUAAUGAAACCCUCGGAGAAAAUACGUUGGAAUACUUAAAGGAAGACAUACCGUCCGAUUUGGAAAGAUAUAUACGGCGUUAUAUAGGGCUACCAGGGAUGUUGAAAGCCGGGGAGUUCUCGCCGAACAAUCCGCUCAUACGCGCCGAGAGGACGUCCGGGGACGCGCUGCUCGGCCUCGGCGAGUAUGAGCGGCGACGGAACACCUUACGGAAGAUGAGGCAGCGACAAUACAAGGAAUAUCUUGAUCAGCAAGCAAAAAUAAAACAAGAAGCAAAAGAGAAGGCUGAGCGCGAAAGCAAGGAGAGAGAAGAGAAAGAUAGACUUAGGGAAGAGAGAGAAAGGGAGAGAUUAGAGUUAGAGCGAGACAUCAUACCGGAGAGACGAAGAGCGAGUGUCAGUAACGCUUACAUUUCCGGCGCUAAUAAUACAUACAUAACGAAAGUGGAUACCGGUGUCCAAGUAGACCACAGGAGCGCGCCGUUAUCUGUUGCCGUACAGACGGACGAUGAAAAAAUGUUCGCAGCCCCCCCGGCCCCCCCGGCGCUGACGGCGGCCGAGCGCGAGCUGUCCCCCCGCAGCGCGCGCUCCCCCUGGACCGCCCUGGAAUCUCUCCCGGUUCUCAAACCGACAGCACGUGACAGGCUGACGUCAGAGCUCCGCCACUCGUACAGGCCGUCGAUAUUCGACGCGGAGGCCAUCAAAAUAAGGAACGAGCGAGCGGAACAGGAGGCAGCGGAGCGUCGUCAGUUCUAUCAGCAAGAACUGAAGAAUCAAAUAGUCGAACAACAGAGGAUAAGAGAAGAGAGGAAAACGAGAGAGAAAUUGUUGGAACAAGCGGAGAUGAGGAGAUUAGAAGAACAACUUCGCUCAUUGAAGACGGCGCAAGAGAGGGAAAUCGAAAGACAAUACGACAUCAAUACAGUUGCGAAGGAAAGGGCACUCGAUUACGAGAGGAAGAGAGAAAGCCUCCAGAAGGAAAUUGACAUGGAACACGAAGCUCUAGUCAAGGCGGCGAUACACCCGAAACGAACACACACAUCCAAAAGCGAAUCCCCAAAACAUUCGAAACUACCAUUUUUCUAUAAACCAGAAAGAAUCGAAAAAACACCAUACUCUUUUAACAUACCAGACAACUCAAUAUUUUCACAGAAUUAUGACGUUGAAAAUUAUUUGAGAAGAAACCUUAAUCCAACCAAAGAAAGUCUACUUUCGAAUAGACUAGAUAACUCUGAAAUUGAAAAAAAGUUAGACAUAGACAAGAAUGUGGUUAUAGAAAAGGCCAUAGUGCACGAACAUCCGAAAGAAAUGAAGAAGAAUGUUCCAGAAAAUUACGACAAAGACUCGUUACCAAUACCAGUUUUACGGCAUUCUCCGAAACGACGAAUGAGUGAAGAUGUCACUUCAAAUUUGAGUGAGAAAAUGCAAAUAGUUGACGAUAAAUGGCGAGUACCCGCCGUACAAAAGAAUAUAUUAAAAUCAUUGCCGAACGAAAAAGGUAAAAAUGUGAGCAUUUUAACACAGCUGGGCUCGAUCCGACGUCAGCUACAACUAGAACAACUAAAGCUCGACAAAAUGAUGUCUAAAAACAAUUGAGCUGUUUAUCAAAUAUUAUCUGUGGCUAUAUUAUCUGUAUUAGUACAGAUAAAAAAUAUCUAGUAACGUAGAUUAUACAUUAUGGUGCCGUAACGUUAAAUAUAUUUAGGUUAUAUGUUAUUCGCAUGUGCAUGUUAUAUUGUUAUUUUUUUAAUGCGAAUUAUUUAAUAUUAUGUUAUAUAAUAAUUUGUGAUGGUUUGAAUUAUAGAUAAAAAAAUACAAUUCAAAUAAAACGUGUCCAUAACUUUAAAGGAUUUAAUAUAAAAUACUAUUUGGUAUUAUAAAACCAAUAUUUGUCUAUUAAUAAUUAAAAAAAAAAAUCUAAUAAAGCUUAGGCCUAUCGAUAAAUGUUCUUGACAAAAAAAUUACGACAAUAUUCAACAUAGUCUGUCUUACAUCUAUAAACUAAAUCUUGGGGCUUCGUCAAUGCUAUA